UUAUAUAAACUGCCACAUAGAAGCAAUUCCAUUCAUCACUACCAAGUGUGAGUUAAUUAUAACAUCAAACACUUUGUGUUGUGUGAAAUCACAAAAGGCAAGAAAUCAAGAUGAUGAAGAAGAACGUGUGUGUCUCAAGUGUUGUUGUGUGUGCAAUGGUGUUAGCACUUCUUUGGGCCGAGGUAGGGCCCAUGGCUGAGGCUGCGACUUGCAACCCAUUGGACUUGAGCCCAUGUCUUCCAGCAAUCACUAACUCUUCUCCACCUUCAACCACCUGUUGUCAGAAGCUGAGGCAACAGAAGUCUUGCUUAUGCAAUUAUCUCAAAAACCCAAGUUUGAGGCAAUACAUUAACUCUCCUGGUGCUAGAAAGGUGGCUAGUUCUUGUGCGGUUGCCUACCCUUCUUGCUAAGUAAUAUCCUACACUAUGUUUUUAAGGGUAUUAUUAUCCAAUCAACAACAUCUAUCUAUCUAUCUAUCUACCUCUCUAUAGUUUAAUAAUCUGUUGUAAGCACUAGUAUACGUGCUGUAUCCAGCGAUCUGUAGCGUGUUAAGAACUAUGAAUAAGGAAAUUUUCCAUAAU